GCCUUGACACAGGAAGCGGCGUCACUGUGUCGGUUGCGCUGCUACGUGUUCGGAUAAAGCAGGAAGUUGACAUGUCACCGUUGCUGCAUUGUUUUUUACACCCUGAUUAAAAGGAGCUUUGCUUUAUUAGUUUCUGAAACUGCGGCAGAACAGUAUGUUGCCGACGAGUUCCCUGCAGAUUCACCGGAACGGCAGUCUGAGCGCUCGUGAUGCAGCGCGGCACACAGCCGGCGCCAAGCGCUACAAGUACCUGCGGCGACUGCUGCAUUUCAGACAGAUGGACUUUGAGUUUGCUAUAUGGCAGAUGCUCUACUUGUUCACAUCGCCACAGAAAGUGUACCGCAACUUCCAGUACCGCAAACAGACAAAAGACCAGUGGGCCAGAGACGACCCUGCGUUCCUGGUGCUGCUCAGCAUCUGGCUCUGUGUGUCGACAGUUGGCUUCGGUCUGGUUCUAGAAAUGGGUUUUGUGGAGACGUUGAAGCUAUUGCUGUGGGUUGUUUUCAUCGACUGUGUCGGAGUCGGAUUGCUCAUAUCUACACUCAUGUGGGUUGUCACAAAUAAAUAUCUAAUGAAACAUCCUAGCAGAGAUUACGAUGUGGAGUGGGGCUAUGCGUUUGACGUCCAUCUAAACGCUUUCUACCCUCUCCUGGUCAUUCUGCACUUUUUACAGCUGUUCUUCAUCAACCAUGUUGUGGUCAUAAGUUCAGACUGGUUCCUGGGUUAUUUUGUGGGAAACACCUUGUGGCUUAUUGCAAUCAGUUACUAUAUUUACAUCACAUUCCUGGGCUACAACGCACUUCCGUUCUUAAAGAACACCGCGGUGCUUCUUUAUCCCUUCGCUUUGCUCGGACUCCUGUAUGUUCUCUCUAUAUCGCUCGGCUGGAACUUCACUAAAGGUCUCUGCUGGUUCUACAAGCACAGGGUCCAGUAAAGGACAGCAGAACACAUGAUGGAAAGUGUGUUGUCGCUCUUGGGACUUUUCCGACUUCUUGUAUAAUCUGUAAAUAUCAGUUUGGCUGUAGAGGAAAAGAAUUUAAAUUGUUUAUGGUGUCAUGAACCUUUUCUUUUUCUUAAUUUGAGACUCAACCAUCAUUUAAUGUUGUGAUGUGGAUAAAUGCAAACUUGGGGAAAAGUUUCGGUAUCUGAUAUGAUGCUGCACUGUUUACUUGUGAAACCGUGUACAAUAAAGAUAUUUUUAAAGAAA